GCUUUUAUUGUGAAAGCGUGGAGUCCCACCGCCUGACUUCCUCUUAUUAUGUAAACAAAAAAGAUGGCGGCGUCAUGCAUGCUUCGUGCCGUCCUUAACCGAGUUGUAAAGAGGUUCGGGAGUUCUGGAGGACACACGAAGCGUCUCAUCUUUGGACACCAUCUGGACUUCUGGGUAACUGAGACCAGACCAGAAACCAGCGGCGGAACCUUUCCUCUUGGUGGUGGAGGAGCAGCAGGAGGACGAAGAGGAGGAGGAGGAGGAGGAGGAGGAGGAGCAGCUUUGUGUGCAGCGAUUGCCUUCUCCCUGUUCAGGUCUGAUGAAGAUCAGACGAAGGAAGAUAAGAUGAUCCUGCUGCUGAAGAAAGCCAAGCUCAGCAUACAUCGUGGACAGCUGCAGGCAGCCUCCUCCUUCUUCCAUCAGGUUCUGGUUCUGGCUCAUCAGACUCACAACAACCAGGCCAUCAUCUAUACCUAUAGUCAGAUGGCGAACUUGGCUUUCGUCCAAGGUCAGCUGGACAGCGCAGAGAAACUGUUCAAAGCAGCAAUGAACUUUAUGCUAGUAGGAGGAGCUCCACAGGAUGACAACGCCAUCAUAGAGAUGUCUCUGAAGCUGGCCACCAUCUACGCUGAGCAGAACAAGUUGGAGCUGGCAGAACACGGGUUCAUGUUCUGCACUGAAUCUCUGGAGGCCAAACUGGAGAAACACAAGGAGCUGUCAGAAGAGGAGAAGACAGGUGAGACAGGAAGAAAUGGAUUUGUAACUGUCCACAUAUGUGUUAUUGUCUUUUUGUCCCCAGAGGAGCAGGAAGCCUUGAGGAAAGAGACCCGCCUCCUUCUUGGUCUGUGUUUGGAUUCCCGCGCUCGAUACCGAGCAUCAGCGUUGCGCCUAACCCAGGCAGCACAGGACUACCAGAAUGCCCUGGACAUUUGCCGCCAGGAGCAAGGAGAGACCCACCCACAGACUUUGGUCCUGAUGAGUGACCUCGCCACCAUCUUGGACCUGCAAGGUCGUCAUGACGAGGCCUUGGUGCUAGUCCAGCACGCAGUGCAUCUGAGCCAAUCUGUGGGACAUCCUGACCAUCAUGUGUUGCUGGGAAACAUGGCAGGUAUUCUGCUGCACACAGGCCAGCUGGAGGACUCGGUCCGGUUCUACCAGGAGGCGCUUGGUCUGGCCCGGCAGGCUGGGGACCAGGAAGCCAUGAAUCACAUCAAGGACGGACUGAAGGAGGUGGAGAAGAGGAGGAGCCAGGAGAGAUACGAGAAGAGAGGCAGCACAACAAUGAAGGAACCAGAACAUGGAUCUGUUUAGUUCUGUAGGGUCCUGUUGACCCAGUGUGUGUGUGUGUGUGUGUGUGCGUGCGCGCGCGUGUGUGUGUGUGUGUGUGUGAAUGUGUGUGUGUGUGUGUGUGAGAGAAUUCCUCUUCUCUUUCAUGACUUGCAGAACAUAAACAGAGGGAUGACGAUAAACACUCUGAAGACUUUAGGUCACUCUGUUGUUUGUGUACAGAAAGGGGGCGGGGCUUAACCAAACACCUGGUUUCUCCUGAGAACCAUGCCUUUGUCUCGUUGUGACGACACUGAUGUAAACACAGCUGGUUGUUUUUGGUUCAAUAAAUCAAAGCUAACUUAU